UGGAGGCUGGCGGAGUCUCAGAGCAUCAACACGGAAGUAACAUCUAGCCGGAAGUUCGAGGGCUCGCCUUGGGAGGGGUGGGGGCGGGGGCCGCAGGCCGACCGCGGGCAGAAUGGCGGCUCAAAUUCCAAUCGUGGCUGCCACUUCUAGCCCCGCCGUAGCUAGGAACAGCAAGAAGAGGCCGGCUAGCCCUUCUCACAACAGCAGCGGAGGGGGUUACGGUGCGAGUAAGAAGAAAAAGCUAUCCGCCUCCGGCUUUGCUCAGGGCAUCAGCGUUGAAGCUAUGAGUGAGAGUAAAAUGGCGUCCUCGGAGUUAAGCUCAGGGUCUGUGGAGAAAGCUGCCAAGCCGUUGCCAUUUAAGGAUCCCAACUUUGUGCACUCAGGCCACGGAGGCGCAGUAGCUGGCAAGAAGAAUAGAACCUGGAAGAACCUCAAACAGAUCCUCGCUGCUGAAAGGGCGUUGCCAUGGCAACUCAACGAUCCUAACUACUUUAGUAUUGAUGCUCCUCCGUCCUUUAAGCCAGCUAAGAAGUAUUCUGAUGUUUCAGGCCUUCUUGCCAACUACACAGACCCUCAGAGCAAGCUGCGGUUCAGCACUGUUGAGGAAUUCUCCUAUAUUCGCAGGCUGCCUUCGGAUGUGGUCACGGGCUACCUGGCCUUGAGGAAGGCCACGAGCAUUGUCCCCUGAGCCUCAGAAGUGGAGAUGAAAUGGGAAUGGCCUCGAAAGCCAACCACACUUGUGACUUUGUUUCAUAGAAACAAGCAUUUCUGCUGUCAAUCUGAAAAUGUCAGCACUGGGCUUGGGAAAGAAUGCCUGGCUUUACUGUGAGGAUUUUUCGGUUUUUCUUCCCCUCCAAGUGCAAAUUUCCUAGUUGAAUUAAAUCAUACUUCAGUUGUUGCCUCAACUAAAAAUUGUUUGAUAAGAAAAUGUAGUAAAAUUAUGCAUUUAAAUUAACUCAAGCAAGUCCCUGAAUUUUGUUUGCAAGUUGUGAUCUCUCACCCAACAUUUUCAAAGAAUGCGCAUUGAACACACACAGGCCUGGAUCGUUCUGGAGCCUAACUGGCAUGCUGGCCUUUCUUGGAUCAGAGCUUCUGUGUGUUCUCCACUGUACUGUUGAAUGACUUUACCCAUCAUGGCCUGCCUGUGGGUGAUUUAUUUGUCUCUGCCGCAUAGCAAAUUGUGGCAUUGGCUUCCGGGGGCCAAAAGAGAAAUCCGGCUCUUAAAAGGAAAAAUAUUUAGCUAUGCCGAAGAAAACAGAUUGUGGAGGCUUAGCCUUUAAGGCCACUCGUUGCUUUUGCAGGGAAGCCAGGCUUUGUUCCCAGCGCUCACAUGAUGACCCACAGCUAUCUCUAACGCCAGUUCCAGGGCAUCCAGUACCCUCUUCUGACUUCACUGGACAAGUAUGUACAUACACACAGGCAAACUCUCAUACAUAUAGAAAUAAUAUAAAUUUUUUUUUCUUAAGACCACACUGAUAUCAAGGCCGCUCUGACGUGAGUCCUUCUGAUACCCGCUGCAUGCCUUCCCUGUAAGAGAGGAGCCUCAAGGUGUACCUUAAAGUGACCAGAAUGUCAGCAAUACACCAUGCAGAGCUGGGGUGAGGAAGGGCUUGGUGCCACUGUAGUUAUUUUCCUUGCAGUGACCAAGUGCCCGACAAGAAGGAAUACAUGCCCAGUGCUGUGGGGAAUCAUGACAACAGGUGCGCGAGGCAGGGCAGCUGGUGACACUGCCUCCACGGCCAUGACACAGAACAGGCAAGAAGUCAGGCUGGACUGUAACACCUCAAGCCCUGCUCCAGUGACCCACUUCCUCCAGAGAGACUCUACCACCCAACGACCUUCCAAAAGUGCCACCCACCCCGGGCACUAACUGCCCCAACAUAUUUUACACCAUGUUUCCCCAGCUAGAGCAUGCAUUCGCCCAGACUUCAAGUUGUUGAUGGCACUGUACAGAGGGCCAAAGUAUUUUCCAUCAGAUAGCACUUUCCUGAACCCGCGCCUCUUGGAAAGAGAUCACAGGACCCGAACUGUCAUCAGAUAGGACCAGGUGGCCUACAGGGACGUCACAAUGAUGGCUUCCCACGUGAAACAGUUGAGUCCGUUUCCAAUAAUGCUCUCAUCUGAGAGAACGCAUGAGACUUAUUUGGAUCCUGAUUCAAGCAAAAAGCUUAAACUAAUUUAUGAGACAAUUAUAAACUUGAUAGAUUUUGAUGUGUGAAGAUAUUUAUGAAUACUUUUACUCAAUGCUGGUAUACUGUUAAGGAAAGGGCUCAUAUUUUAGAGACAAAGGCUGAAACAUUUAUGGACAGAGUGAUAUGAUUGUGAGAUUUGUUUUAGGAUGAUGUGGGAGGGAGGAAAUGAAGGGAAAUAGUGUUGAAACAGUAUUGGCCAUGAGUCAGCUAUUGUGUGCUAAGAAGUUCCUCACACUGGUCUACUCUGUUUGUGUUUGAAUUUCCCCAUAAUAAACUGAA